ACUUCGUUUCUGCCUUUGACCAGCUCUUGCGCUCGGCUUAUCUCGUGCGGUUGUUGCUAGAACCGUCCCUAAUUCCAUUCCCGUGAUCUGGUUUAGUCAUUUCAUGGUUUUAUUUGUUGCAUCUGUGGUGAAUCUGUGGUCACUUAGAUCAACAUAGGAAGAUGUACGCCCAGUUGAGUUUUGAGUUGGCUGUUGGUGUUUCCCUAACUAGGGAUUGAGGGUCUGAAGCUCUAUACCUGUUGCAAUCGCGUAGUUGUGCGUGCUAGAUGUAUCAGAGAAUCCCUUUGAGUAGAAAGCACACGCACACAGCUGCCACGGUAUUGGCAUUCGUAGGUAUCUGUUUCACUGAUGUGCUACAUGCACGAGGAUAGCACCUGAUAUUUGUGCGCUUUUUUUAGUGAAGAUUUUUUGAAGCCGAGAAGAUGGUGCUGAAGACGGAACUCUGCCGCUUCAGUGGCCAGAAGAUCUAUCCUGGGAAAGGCAUCCGGUUUAUUCGUGCUGAUUCUCAGGUUUUCCUUUUUGCCAACUCGAAAUGCAAGCGCUACUUCCACAACCGCCUGAAGCCUGCAAAGCUUACCUGGACAGCAAUGUACAGGAAGCAGCACAAGAAGGACAUCCAUGCUGAAGCUGUCAAGAAGAGGCGCCGCGCCACCAAGAAGCCAUACUCGAGGUCCAUUGUGGGUGCUUCCUUGGAAGUGAUCCAGAAGAAGAGAGCUGAGAAGCCUGAAGUCCGAGAUGCUGCUAGAGAAGCUGCUCUUCGUGAGAUCAAGGAGCGCAUCAAGAAGACCAAGGAUGAGAAGAAGGCGAAGAAGGCUGAGGUGUCCAAGUCCCAGAAGGCGCAGACGAAGGGUGCUGUUCAGAAGGGUUCCAAAGGCCCCAAGUUGGGUGGCGGCGGUGGCAAACGCUGAAAAGGAACUAAGUGUCAUUCCGAGACCUCAUCAAAGCCACCUUUGUAGUACCUUGGUUAAUUUUGUAUUUUCUUUCAGAGUUACUUGUGACUCUUAAUUUUGCAUCUUUAUAUAUUGGGAGAAAUGAUCGCCGUUCGUUCA